GUUCGAUGCUUAGUGCAAGCUGGGACUUUAGGUCUUACAAAGACAGAGCCCUUGGUCCAGUAAACCAACUUUCAACUGGAGAUGGAGCAAUAUACAACGACAAUCGUCAGAGAAAACAUAGUCAAGAUAUGGAUGAUGAUGAAAAAAAGACGGGUACUGAAGGAGCUACAAUUUCAGCAAAAAAGUGCAAAACUAAAUCUGAAAAAAGAACGAGAAGUGGGAGAGUAAUUGUACUGAAUUAUCAUGGAUUACUUAUAGAUAUAGAUGUUGGAACUUCCUCUGAAAAAACUACAUACACAAAUGAAGACUCCUCUCAAGAAAACGAAGAGGAAGCAACGACUGAGAAUUCUUUCGAAAAUCGCUCCCAAGGAAAUGAUAAGAAGAGAACUAUUCAAGAUAAUAUUAUAACAGACAUCUUAGGAAAUACUGAACUCUCAAAUGCAUCAAAAAAGAUUUUUAUGAUUUAUAAAGCGCAAUACCCUGAUAAACUUUCAAGACAAGUAGCAACAUCGUAUUUAAUUGAAAUGGAUACUAUGAUAGAGAUGUUAGUCCUCGCAAAUAAUUCCCAAAUUGAUGAUUUAAGAGCACCAGAAAAAGGUGAUUUCAUAAUGAAUUCAGUGGUACGAGUUUUACGUCAUACAUUGUCACAAUUUAUUAAGGCAUUUUCACUCGAAGAACAGAACCCACUUUUAAAUAUUGGCACAUUAGAACAUAUAGCGUCGAAAAAUCACACUAAUGGUAAUCGAGCUAAUGGAGUUGGUUAUAUGAUGGAUGCUGAUAAGUAUCAGCUUAUUUAUGUUGAAGGCUCGAGACCAAAAACUAUCAAAAGCAGGCAACGUUUACCAAAGAAGUUAUUAAACGAGAUUGAUAAUGCCAAUCUUCCUCGAAAAUUUUCUGAAAUGAAAAAUUUUGUUUAUUUCUAUGAAAGUGUAUUGAAAUGGUCGCUAUUGGUUCAUGAUGUUAAAGCAUCCUUUGAUGAUGCAAGAGCUGAACAAAGACCUUCGUGA